CAAAGAGAAGCUCUUCAAUGUUUGAAGUUAAAAAUAGUUUAUCAAAUAUUAAAACUGUAGCCGCGAUUAUUUUAAGAAUUUUGCAUUUACUUACCUAUAAAUAACUUUAAAAUGUCGCUUGCCGAGGCAGAUAUUUCAAAAAUGAAGGUUGCUGAACUGAAAACGGAACUAAAGAAGCUUGGGUUGCCAACAACGGGACAAAAGACGGAGUUGGUAACUAGACUGAGAGAAGCCAUACAGACAACUGAUGACAUUGAGCCUGAAGAAGAGGGAGAUGAUGUUCUGCAGGAUGAAGAGGAAAUUAUUCUAUCUGGAGACCAGGAUCUUUUGUCAGAAAGCAAGUCAGAGUCAAAAGAAGAAGCAAAAGAGGAGGUAGAGAAUGUGAAGCCAGCAACCAGUGUCAUCUCCACCAGUGUGUCGGAGGAAGAUAGGUUAAAGAAACGAGCAGAGAGGUUCGGGGCGCUGAGUGAAGAGCUGAAGAAGAAAGCUCGAGCUGAGAGAUUUGGUACCUCGAAGCCCAGUAAUGGAAAGAUCACAUCAAAUGUUGCCACUGAUGUAGAUAAGUUAAAGCAGAGGGCCGAGAGAUUUGGGGCGGUGGUAGCCCCUGUCUUAUCUAAGGUAACAAACACAGACAAAUUAAAGGAGAGGGCCGAGAGGUUUGGGACAGUGGUAGCACCAGCCUUAUCUAAGUCAGCGGAACAAGAACAGCUACUGAAGAGAAAGGCUAGAUUUGGGGUCAGCGGGGGGUCAGGGUCAUCGGACAGCGCAGAGGCUAAGAAGCAAAAGAGAGCGGAGAGGUUCGGACUGACGUAGCUGGUUCUUUACCACAUCUGUGUUCUCUAUAUAGGCAGUACAUGUACCAUCAAAUCAUGGUGUGAACGAGAGGGGUCAUGGGAAAUUUGAAUGAACUUUUAGUCAUAUCUUCUUAAGUCAUUUACAAAUAGGGAUGAUCAUAUUUGUCUUCUUUUCAUUUUUCAUCAUCGUGACUUUUCGUAAGUCAGAAAUACACGGAGAUUGGCCCAUUGUAUAGAUGUUUUAUAAAGAGAAAAUUAAUUUUUUAUUUGUGUAUAUGCCUUCUUUUUAAUAAAGUUUCACUUGUGUAA